AUGGCAUGGCGAAGCUCUGGCGACACCAAUGAAGAGCUCAUCGAUAAUCUCAAGAAGAACGGUCUCAUAGAAACUGAGCGCGUCAAAGAAGCUAUGAUGAAGGUCGACCGCGCCCAUUUCGCGCCCUCUUCUCCGUACCGGGACUACCCCCAACCCAUCGGUCACGCCGCCACCAUCUCCGCGCCACACAUGCACGCCAACGCAUGCGAAUCGCUUCUCACACAUCUGCCUCCUGGCGCCAAAGUUCUCGAUAUCGGCUCUGGCUCAGGCUACCUGACCGCCGUUCUCGCCAACCUCGUGGGGCCCAAAGGGACCGUGAUUGGAAUCGACCACAUACAACCACUAGUAGACAUGAGCAUUGCGAAUCUGUCUAAAAGUGAAGUAGGCAAGAAGAUGCUGGAGACGGGACAAGUCAAGUUCGUGCUUGGGGACGGGAGGAAAGGAUGGAAGGAAGGCGCGCCGUAUGAUGCGAUUCACGUGGGUGCUGCGGCGGCGGAACACCAUGCUGAGUUAACAGAGCAGUUGAAAAGCCCAGGGAGGUUGUUUGUGCCGGUUGCAGACGGUGGCUCACAGCAUAUUUAUAUCGUUGAUAAGAAAGAGGAUGGUAGUGUGGAGAAGAAGAAGCUGUAUGGGGUGCAGUAUGUGCCAUUGACUGAUGCGCCGAAAUGA